GAGCGCGCAGACAGGAAGGCCCCCUCUCCUCCCGGCGUGCGGGUCGGCGGAGAAGUCUGGGAGGGAAGCCUUGGCAGUGGGAACUUGUCGUCCCUGUGCAGGAUCCAUUGCUGACCUCUGUGGGAGGGAAGCCUUGGCAGUCCUCUGCCUGUGCACGGUCCGUUGCUGACCUCUGUAGAGGCCAGCCUUGGCAGCGCGGGCUCUCCUCCCUGUGCAGGGUCCACGGAGCGCGCUUGCAUGGAGCUGGUGGCGGGCUGCUACGAGCAGGUGCUCUUCGGGUUCACCGUAAGCCCGGAGAGGGAGGCGAGCGGCGGCCGCGAGAAAUGGACCGCGGCGGCUCACUUCACCCACCACGCCCACACCGCCUCCCUGUCGGCUGUGGCAGUCAACAGUCGCUUCGUGGUCACCGGGAGCAAAGAUGAAACAAUCCACAUUUACGACAUGAAGAAGAAGAUUGAGCACGGGGCCCUGGUGCACCACAACGGAACAAUUACUUGCCUGAAAUUCCAUGGCAACAGGCACCUAAUCAGUGGAGCGGAGGACGGACUCAUCUGUGUGUGGGAUGCGAAGAAAUGGGAGUGCCUCAAGUCGAUUAAGGCUCACAAGGGACACGUGACCUUCCUCUCUGUUCACCCCUCUGGCAAGUUGGCCCUGUCUGUGGGUACCGACAAGACUCUAAGAACAUGGAAUCUUGUGGAGGGACGAUCAGCAUUCAUAAAAAAUAUAAAACAAAAUGCUCACAUAGUGGAAUGGUCACCCAAGGGAGAGAAAUACAUAGUUGUCACGCUGAAUAAAAUAGACGUGUACCGGCUGGACACGGCGUCCGUCAGCGGGACCAUCACGAACGAGAAGAGAGUUGCUUCUGUUCGGUUUCUCUCAGAAUCUGUCCUCGCCGUGGCUGGAGACGAAGAGGCUGUCCGGUUUUUCGACUGCGAUUCUCUAACAUGCCUCUGUCAAUUUAAAGCUCAUGAAAACAGGGUCAAAGACAUGUUCAGUUUUCAGACUCCAGAGCACCAUGUCAUUGUGACUGCGUCAAGUGAUGGCUUCAUCAAGAUGUGGAGGCUGCAGCAGGAGAAGAAAGCACCGCCAUCUUUGCUCUGUGAGGUGAACACCGGGGCCAGGCUGACGUGCCUUGGGGUGUGGCUGGACCCAGCAGCGGCCCCCCAGGAAAGCCUUCCUGCAGGGGCAGAGCCCGCUCCUGUAAAUAAAGAACAGUCCAAGAUCAUCAAGAAGGAACCUGCCACGGCAGUGCAGGAAGAAGCAGUGCAGGCAAAACCUACAACAAAGACACGUGGUUCAGCAGGGCGCCACGAGAAGCCAACAGCGGGAGACAGAGUCAGCCUGGUGGCAAGCAAGAGGAAAGCGGUGGGAACGCUGGGGAGGAGGAAGAGGAAAAAGCAGAAAACAGACCUGAUGGCGUGAGUCCCAGGCUUCCCUUCUUAAGAGAACUGGUUUUUAGGCGAAUCAUUCUUUUUAGAUAUUUAAGGUGGCUUCUGUUUGUUUUUUUCCUACUGAAAGCAAGGAAUUUCCUAUGGAGAAAUUGUACCUUGGUAUUUUUUCUAACAAUGGUAAAAAAUUAUUCUAGGCAGACAACACUUUAUUAUGUAUCAUGGUUGUGUGUGUUAAUAUGUAACAUACAAAGUAAACUAUACAUACUUUAUAUGUAUGAAGGUAAAGACUUUUUUGUCAAAAUAUUAUAGUUUAAUAAUUAAAAAAAAUGUUAAACAUUAUUUACCAAUAGUGGAUACAGUGUUAUUUUUCUUCUAGAUGAGGAAACUAUGAAAAAAGGUGCCCUGCGCUGGCUUCUUCAGAUGGUUCUAAUAAUUUUAGUGCAAAUUUUGUAUUUUCGGUAACAAAAGUUAUAAAAAACAUUGUCAUUCCAGCAAGUAUAUUACAGCAAACUCAAACACUGCCCGUGUCAGUGUUCUGGUCCAGCACACUGAGCUGCCGCUUGCAGUGCCAGCGUCCCGUAUCAGAUCCAGUGCACCUGACAAAGUGGCAGCUGUCUCGGGCACUUGGGUCCCUGCCACCCCUGUGGGAGACCCGGAUGGAAUUCCAGGCUCCCUUCCUCUGAUUUGGUUGUUGGGACUAUUUGGGAAGUCAGUCAGCAGAUGGGGGAUACCCUCCUCUAUCUGCUUUUCAAAUGAAGAAGUAAGUAAAACUUUGUAAAAAUGUUAAGUAUU